AUGGUUUCUGUGGCAGACGCCAUCAAGGACUCGCCUUUCCAGGCGGUCCAGGUCGAGGCCCUGGUCGUCAUGAAGAUCACCAAGCACUGCUCCUCGACCUUCCCCACGACGGCAACCGGCUCCAUCGUCGGCAUGCAGAAUGGCAGCACGCUCGAGAUCACCAACACGUUUGCCUUCCCGGCCCAGGACGCAGCCAGCCUGGACGGCGCCACGUCAUCCAACGACCGCGGCCACCAGAACGAUGUGUCUGCCCUCGCUGCGGCCGCGCCGCGGUCCAAGGCCAAUAUCGCCUACCAGGCCGACAUGAUCCGCCACCUCAAGGAGGUCAACGUGGACGCCAACAACGUCGGCUUCUACACGAGCGCCACCAUGGGCAACUUUGUCACCAUGAGCCUGAUCGAGAACCUGUAUCACUACCAGCGUGAUGCCUCCACCGGCGAGAGCAAGGCCGCCCUGGUCUACGACGUCAGCCGCAGCUCGCAGGGUGCCCUGAACCUGCGCGCCUUCCGCCUGACCAACACCUUCCUGGCCGCCUACAAGGAGGGCAAGUUCACGACUGAGAACCUGCAAAAAACCAAGCUCACGUACAAGGACAUCCUGGUCGAGCUGCCCAUUACGGUGCACAACUCGCACCUCCUGACCACCUUCAUCCACCAGCUGCCAGCGCCGCCUGAUAGCGCCGAGGUCGCGCUGCCGGCAUCGCUCUCCGAUAUCCAGCGCAACCCGGUGGCUGUGCCGCCGUUCCCGUCUCUGGACGCCCUCGAGCUGUCCAUCGACCCGUUCCUGGAGAAGACGUGCGACCUGCUGCUCGACAGCAUCGAGUCACACUACACCGACCUCAACAACCACCAGUACUACCAGCGCCAGCUCACCCGCGAGCAGCAAAAGAUCACCGCUUGGCAGACCAAGCGCAAGGCCGAGAAUGCCCAGCGCGUCAUCGCCAAGCAGCCCGCCCUGCCCGAGGACGAGUGGCAGCGGCUCUUCAAGUUGCCCCAAGAGCCCAGCCGGCUCGAGGGCAUGCUCAACGCCCGCCAGGUCGAGCAGUACAGCCGCCAGGUCGACGGCUUCACCGCCAACGUCAGUGCCAAGAUGUUUGCCGUGCGCGGAAACCUGCUGCCGGAAUAG